GACAUGCGCUAGUUUACUGUGCGGAAAAGUAAUUACACAUUCUCUUAUGAGCCUGGGCCGCUCUCAGGCUUCUUUCUGGUAGAGUUGGAUUGCAUCAGCCAUAUCGGUUGGAUGUGCGUAGUGAAUAUUUUUGGACAAUUGUCGGUGUUUUACACCACUUUCUUUAUUAUUAUCUUUAAUUUAAACAAAUGUACAACUCCGUGGCUUGGCGUCAGGAACCCAAUCCACGGUUUUAAACCUGUUAUCAAAAAGACAUAGAAUGGCGUAUGGACCAGCUUUAUGGGUCUACUGAGCCAAAAGAGCACCAAACCAAACCAAGCUUCUUUCUGGUUGGAACACAGCCAUAGGUACAUACGAGCAUUCAUUGCUACCAAUCUGUGGAGCUGCUCCGAAAACUUAUAUGCUAUGCGGAAACUUUAUCUUAUGGUAAAGAAUAUACAGUGAAUGGCGUAGCUUUAACCAGUCGGUGAGCCAUAUUUGCACCAAACCAAACCACAAAGGUAUAUCUAUGCAAUGUAAACAUUAGAUAUGUAAUUAUCCCGCACGAUAGCGUAUGGGUAAAUGUUCUGGAUGGCUAAUAAAAAAAACUAAAAGAUAUAAUUCUACAAAACGUGGCCUCGGUGAGACUUAUAUAAAUAAAAAUCUACAAAAAUAAGCUGAGAUAACUCAAUUAGAGAGAAACUACGACAAUGAUAGUCCGGAAAAAGAUAUGGCCGCAAACUAUCGGCGAUUUGCUGUCAAUGGUGUUCCUGUUGAUCAUAGUACUUCUAAUGUACUGGUUCGGGCUGUGGAUAAUAUUGCCGGAAGUAUAUAAGGACAGUAGUCUACCUUAUACAUUUCACUUUGUUUUUGGCACCUUCGUUAUGAUGAACAUCACAGGUAAUUUUACAUACACGGUGCUGUGCGACACCAGUAUUCAAAGAAUUAUAGUGCCGGUGAGCACAUGGAAGACCACAAACGGCUGGAGAUUAUGCGCCACUUGCGAAUGUUUAUCUCCUCCGCGAUCCUGGCAUUGCAACACUUGUAAUACCUGCAUCCUCAAGCGGGAUCACCAUUGUGUAUUCACUGGGUGCUGCAUAGGCUACUACAAUCAUCGUUACUUCCUCAUGUUCAUCUGGUAUUUGUUUCUUGGUGCAGCUUAUGCCUUUUACUACGGACACUUUUUCAUUUGGAACAGAAUACCCUUUGAGUUCCCGAUGUCUAUCAUCAAGAUGAUCUUUGGCGUAGCAAUUUUUUUCUUCGGUGUCGACUUUUCCAUCAAUCAGUUUUACUUAUUGUUAUACAUAACAUCUGCAGUGGGUACUUUGUAUACAGGUGUAUUGUGUAUUUAUCACUUCAAUUUGACUCUCAAAGGUAUCGUGGCCAAUGAAAGUAAUAAGAAAGAUUUUACAUACAACAUGGGUUGGAAGAACAAUAUUAGAGAGGUGUUUGGAGAACAGUGGUACUUGACAUGGUUGCUUCCUUAUAUAAAAUCAGAAUUACCUCAUGAUGGAGUUCUGUGGGAUAAUUUGUGUUCUAAAAAGAACUAAAUUAUUUUAUACCGAUUGUUAUGAUUUAUAAAAAUUAUUAUUUAUUUUAAAUGCGUUUAAAAUAAAUAAUGUAAAAAUAAUGUAAUAAUGUAUAUAAGAAUAUAUAGUAUGUUAAAAAUAUUAAAUAUGAUCAAAGAACAAAAAGUAAUUCAACAGCUGAAAAUUCUGUACUUUUAUAUCAACUAAAGAUAUAUAUUGAUUACUGUUAAUAAUUAUAUUACAUUGAUAUAUCCUUUGUAAUUUUUGUAUAAAUAAGCCUUCUAUAGAUAUGACAAACAGUAUUGCAUUAUUUAGUUUCACACAAGAAACAUCAUGUAAUUUUAUGGCAUUUUUGAUUUUAUACUCAAAUCUAUA